AUGGGGAGUCCGAACCAAAAUAAAUCAUUCCUAUACAGAAAAACAAAGCAUGAUCACAAGAAUCGGUCAGAACGCUCAAAUGCAUCGAUUGUUGCUCGGAAGCGAUUAUCUCAACCAUUGGAUACAAAUGAGACAGAAUCUUCCAAAGUGGAAACUGAUUCCUUGCCAGAGUGUGAUUUGGUGGAUUAUCAUUGGAAAGGAAGUCGCAAACCACUGAUUCUCAAUUCAUUUGUAAUGGUUUGGAGAAACUUGCUGGAUCGUGACUUUGUAACUUGGGAUGAUCGUACCGAGCAGUCGAUUUAUAAAGAUCUCGAAAGUCGUCUCGAAAAGGAAGAAAUAAAACGGAUCGUAACAUAUAUCAAACAAAGAAUUCAGGAUAUUUUAUUUUCUGUUUGUGAAUGA